AUGGAAGGACCCUCAGAUAGCUUCCUUACAGCGGCAGACUGGCUGGCUACAUCACCAUCAGCGGCCAAGCUAUCCAGCGAGGCCAAACUCGAGCUGUAUGGGCUUUACAAGCUCGCUACAGUAGGCCAAACAAAAGAAGCCAGACCGUCUUUCUUCAACCCAACAGGUAGAGCGAAACAUGAUGCAUGGGUUGAACAAACGGCAAAGUAUCCGACCCCGGAGGCGGCUAGCGAGCGGUAUAUGGCCAUAGCAGAAGAGCUGGGAUGGGAGAGACAAAGCCAGGGCCCAAAGGGGAUGGGCGUCAAGGUCAGCACUAUGGCUGGGGAGAUCGAGAGGGGUUCGAGCGAGUUGCAUGAAGCUGUAAUAGCCGAUGAUCGACCGAAAGUCGCUGCUUUGCUCAAGACUCCUGGACUAGUCAAUGAGCGGGACGAAUAUGGAUACUCACCACUCCAUCUUGCCGCGGAUAGAGGUCUAGCAGAAAUGACCAAGCUUCUUUUGCAGCAUGGAGCCGAUACCGCCGCAAAGGACGAGGACGACCAGACACCAUUAGAGCUAGCUACCGUCACCGGGAGAAUAGAAGUCGCCGACCUGCUACGACAUGCAUCAUGA